ACCCAUAGACAUGCACACAGGCGACAAGGGCGGAACCUUGAGGCUGGGGAACACGGAGGAACCCGGAGGGCUGAGGAAGGAGCACCUCUGAGUGGCACAUGGUGCCCUGCUGGAGAGGAGCAAAGGGAAGGAGUCCUGGCCAUGGGCAAGUCUGGCAAAACUAAAAAUCAAAAGAAAGAGCGGGCAGCUGCCCAGCAUCGGGCUCAAGAGGAAUAUGGCUCCGUGCCUCACUCCUUUGUCUUUCACCGUGGCCGUGUGGGCAAGAACUUGCAACAGCUCAUAUUGGAUGUUCGGAGGGUGAUGCAGCCCUACACUGCUACCAGCCUAAAGGUGCGGAAGAAAAACUCUCUGAAAGAUUUUGUGACAAUAGCUGGACCGCUGGGAAUCACUCAUUUCCUAGUGUUCACAAAAACUUCAUCUACCAUCAACCUUAAACUGUUCCGUCUUCCUGGUGGACCAACCUUGACCUUCAGAGUCACUCAGUAUUCGCUCAUCAAAGAUGUUGUGUCAUCUCUGAAACGCCACCGGAUGCAUGAGCAGCAGUUCACCCACCAUCCCCUCCUGGUACUCAAUAAUUUUGGUAUUCAGGGCAUGCACAUCAAGGUCAUGGCCACCAUGUUCCAAAACAUGUUCCCUUCCAUCAAUGUCCACAAGGUAAAUCUUAAUGCUAUCAAGCGUUGUGUACUGAUAAACUACAACUCGGACAACCAGACUCUUGAAUUCCGUCACUACAGCCUGAAAGUGGUGCCGGUUGGGAUGAGCAAAGGGCUAAAGAAGCUCCUGCAGGAGAGGUUUCCCAAUAUGAACCGCCUGGAGGACAUCAGUGAUCUCUUGGUCAGGGACAUUAACCUCUCUGAGAGUGAAGCUGAGCAAGAUGGUAGUCACAACAUCACAGAGCUGCCUCAAGCCUACGCUGGACGUGGGAACAUGAAGGCCCAACAAAGCGCGGUCCGCCUCACUGAGAUUGGCCCGCGAAUGACACUACAGCUCAUCAAGGUAGAGGAAGGGUUGGGCCAGGGCAAUGUGCUCUACCACAGCUUCAUUCAUAAGACUGAUGAAGAGAUCCUGGAAGCCUUGGCCAAGAAAGAGGGAAAAUUGCAGCUCAAGGCUGAGCGGAGACGGAAGCAAGAAGCAGAUGUGGCACACAAGCAGAAGCUGAAGGAGGCUCACAGGAAGAAGAGCAUAGAAGGGAUAAAAAGGAAGAAGAAGGAAGUUGAGGGCAAUGACAGUGAUGCAGAGGAUCCUGGGACACAGGAAGACCAGAAUGCUGAGGAGCAGUCAGAUGAUGACAUGGAAUACUACAGACAGGAAGUAGGAGAAGAGCCCGAUGAAGAUCUGUUCCCGCAAAGUGCUAAGAGGAAACGUGUCAGCCACUCCACCACAUCCAGAAAAAGAUAUGAGAUAGAUAGGCCAGGUAAGAGUGCAAAGAGGAACUUCCUGACAGCCAGUGAUGACAACCCAAACUGCACACAGCAACUGGACAAGUUCCAAGAACAAAUAUGGUUCCUCCUCAUUCUCCAGUGCGUUUUGGCUCUUGCUGGGAAUAGCUUUGCCAUCUACCGCUUUGUGGUUCAAGAACACCAGUGGCACACUGGCAUCGUUUAUGCCUUCAACCUUGCCGUUAGUGACCUUCUUUAUGCCUUAUCUUUGUUGCCCAUAGCAUCUUAUUAUUAUCCCCCCAAGGACUGGAGGUAUGGCCUUGUUUUCUGCAAACUGGACCGCUUCUUCUUCUUCUGCAACCUUUACAGCAGCACCUUUUUUGUUGCCUGCAUCAGCCUGAACCGUUACAUUGCCAUUGUCCACCCUUUCUUUGCCCACGGCCGCAUAGAGCCCCACCAUGCCAAGCUUCUCAGUGGGGCGGUGUGGUUGCUGGUGAUGGCCAUCUCAGCACCUGUCCUUGCCUUUUCCACCCUUCAGCACUCUGAAAACAACACCAACAGAACAUAUUGUUUGGGAAGCGCCUCCAAACCAGAGCUCCCCAAGUACUGGCCCUACAGCUUGUCCCUAGCAGCUUUUGGGUGUGGGCUGCCUUUUCUCCUUACCACCUUUUCUUGCAUAGCCAUCGUCUGCACAGUCAUCCGCAGUCACAGCCUCACAGCGGAGGAAAAAUUCAAAGUGAAGGCCCUGGUUUGCAUGGUGGUGGUCCUCUAUGCCCUUUUCUACCUGCCCUUUCAUAUCUUACGCAACCUGAACCUUCACAACCAUAUGCACUCAAAAUGCAAUAUCCCUGUCAACUAUUCCUACCAGGUGACUAAGAUCUUGGUCAACUUCCACAUUUGCAUCCACCCAUUGGUCUAUGCUGCUCUGACUGAAAGCAUGCAGGAGUACUGCUGCAGAUGUUUUCAAUGGCGGAAAGAGGUGCUUGAAGAAGAAAAGAAUGUGGAACUGAGACCGUGCAAUCAGACCUCUCCUCAGAGGCCCCGGGACUAGAACUGGUGACAUAUUUUAUUGUGGACAGGAUUUACAAUUGCCUCGCAGUUCCUAUGCUGCAUUGUGGAGAAACCUCUUAGCAGCAUUGAGAGGUUAGAGUAUGAAGUAGGGUGCCACCAUGGCCAGUAUCACCUUGUGGCUUUAUUGUAGUGCAAAGCCUGGUCAUGCUAGUGUCACCACUACUUCCAAUAUUGUGUAAGAAGUGUCCAGUACCUCCUUAUGCAACAAUUUUGCUAGGCAGUGUGAUGGGUGCCAAACCAGGUUCGUCCCCCCUCCCAACCCCAACAAUAAUGGAAGCUGAGACGGGCCUCUCCCAUA